AUGUCACGAAGACGACUGCGUUUACCCAUAUCGUUACGUAUCUGUCCAUAUCAUUUUCUUGUCCUCACUAUAGAGCUUGGGACUACGGAAUCCAUUAAACUGAAAAAAUUUCGGUGUUUGUUCGGAGCUAAAUGGCAUAAGAUGUCGAGUGGGAGCGGUCAGGGAGCAAUACCAGUCCCAGGACCAAUCGUUGCACAGUCAUUAGAUGCUUGGCCACAGAAUAUGGCGGAUAUUGGAGGAUUAAAUGGAUCGGUAUCGAAAUACGCGCGGAUGGAUGGAAUUGGGCUUAGAAUUGGUGAGGGUGACGAACCUGGAUCGGAUAAUAAAGAGCGAUUCGCACGUGAGAAUCACAGUGAAAUUGAACGACGGAGGCGAAAUAAAAUGACGCAAUACAUUAAUGAACUUGCUGAAAUGGUACCUCAGUGUGCUGCUCUUGGUCGCAAGCCGGAUAAGCUAACUAUUUUGCGAAUGGCUGUCUCCCACAUGAAGGCUAUUCGUGGUGGUUCACAAAAUGAAGCCUCGUAUAAACCAUCUUUUUUGACAGAUCAGGAAUUGAAACAUUUAAUCUUGGAAGCAGCCAAUGGUUUCCUGUUUGUUGUUUGUUGUGAUACAGGAAGAAUUCUUUAUGUAGCCGAUUCAAUUGUUCCUGUUCUUAAUAUGCGACAGGAUGAUUGGCUGCAUCAUGUUAUCUACGACCUGGUACAUCCUGACGACAUAGAAAAAGUGAGGGAUCAGUUAUGCGGAAGUGAAGCAAGUUUAAAUCGAGUUCUCGAUUUGAAAACUGGUACUGUUAAAAAAGAACAGGGUUCCAUUCGUGUUCACAUGAGUUGCCGACGUGGUUUCAUUUGCAGAAUGAGACUGGGGCCAUUGGAACCUCUUCAUCGUCUUUGCAAUCGACGACCCAUUUUUACACAUAAUGGACAGAAUUAUGUGGCAGUACAUUGCACCGGUUACAUUAAGAAUUCUCCACCGAGUGGUCUUGGACUGGAUUCACAGCCAUCGAGCUGUCUUGUUGCUAUUGCACGAUUGCAAGUUGCCAGUAUGCCGAUUAGCAGUGAACAGAAUUCCACUUCGCAGUUUUCAGUAAGGCUCGCAGAGGAUGGGAAGAUAACAUUUGUGGAACAGAGAGCGGCGAUUCUGUUGUCUAUGCCCACGGAGCAAAUAUUAGGACGUUAUUGGUGGCAGAUUGUACAUCCUGCAGAUGAACAAACUGUGCACGAUACUUUUAUGCAUAUUAUCCAAGUAACUCACAGUACUUUCGACCAAGGCACACAAAUAUCAGUUCGAUUAAGGACACAAACAGAUUUCAUUCCAUGCGCAGUCAGCGCCCAUAGAUUUUUAAACCCAUAUUCGGAACAGUUUGAAUAUGUGGUUGCCACACAUAUAAUGAUUCCAAAUGACAACGAAAGCUGGCAAGCUGGUUCCCAGGCCUUCCCCGCAGCACCAUCUCAAUUUGAUCCAGGUAACGAGUGGUCCAUUAGCAGUUUUGGAUCGGAUAGUGCUGUACUUGGUGCUAGAAGACAUAUGUGGAGUGCGGAACAAUGGGAACAGUAUGGCCAACGGAUUAGUACCACAAAUGAACGGGAUUUGGAAUUCUUGGUCAUGUUAGUCAUGGUGACCCGGAAUAUUUCACCAUGA